AUGAUGGACAUCAAACGUUCCAAUGAUGAAAUCAGAGAAUUAAAAGGGUCAUUGGAAAGCUUGAAAUUGUCUUAUAUUGAAAUAAAGAAAUCUCAUGAAGAAGUCAAAACAUCGCAUGCAUUACUACAGGAAAAGGUGGCUUCUUCUCAUCAGGAUACAGUACCGUGGAAUGUCAGAGCACAAAUCAAUAAAAUUCUUGCAAAAUGGAAAAUCAAGGAUAAGAUGUUUGUAGACACUAGAGCAGCCCAUAAUGUCCUGUUAUUUUUACAGGAGAAGAGUUGUGUAACCAUUACGGCUAGUUCCGGUGUCGGAAAGACUGCAACUCUACGGCAUGUGGCUUUACAAAUGGGUAAAGAUGGAUACGAUAUACUUUUGGUGACAGAUCCCGGGGACAUUGUUAAGUUUUACAAUCCAAACCAGAAAACAUUGUUUGUUAUUGAUGAUUUAUGUGGAAAUUUUUCUUUAAACCAGGCUGAUAUCAAAAUUUGGGAACCAGUUAUUUGCCGUCUUAAAGAGUUUCUAGAAGAAAAACUAACAAAAAUAAUUGUAGCAUGUCGAUUGCAAGUGUACCAGGAUGACAAGUUUGACACAUUAUCUAUUUUUAAAACAUGUGUAUUUAAUUUGUUGUCAUUUGGUUUGAGAUUGACAACCGCUGAAAAAGAAGCAAUAGCUGAGGUACACCUCCAAACUAAAGCCAAGCAGAUUACGGAUUAUUAUAAUCUGUAUGAUUGUUUUCCACUUUUGUGCCAAUUAUAUCACGAAAAUCCUACACUUGAUAUAAAAGAUUUUUUUAAGAAUCCUUUUUCAGUUUUUGGAGCACAGGUUGACCAACUACAAAAGAAAGGAUUCUUUGGUAAAUACUGUGCCUUAGCUUUAUGUGUUGUGUUCAAUAACAAAUUGAAUGAAAGCAUGUUGAAGGACGAGAUUAACGAAGAAACAAGAAUUAUCAUUGAGAAUGUUUGCGAGUCUUGUAGACUGGACAGAGGGACAUCAAGACUUUUGUUAAAGGAUGAAUUGGAUUCUCUUUUACACACAUUUCUAUCAAAGGUGACAUGCCAAACUUACUAUACAAUGGAAAACCAUAGAUUAAAAUAUAGAAUCCAAAGAUUCUACACAACUAUACAUGAUAAAGUAUUCGAUUUUCUAGCUAAAUACUUUGGACAGAAAAUAAUCCAUUGCUUAAUCAAGAAUGCUGACAGCUGUUUGAUUCGAGAAAGAUUUUUACUGAAAAGUCCAGACGACACGGAUCAGUUUAUCACUAUUGUGCCCACUGAGUAUCACGAACUGUACAUGCAGAGAAUGGUUGAUGAUUGGUUAAAGGGGAAAUUACAAGAUGUAUUCAAUAAUAGCAACAUGAAGAUAUAUCAAUUCAGAAAGAGAUUCUUGUGUUAUUUGAAUAAAUUCAGUACAUCUUAUCAGAAACAAUUAGUGCAUACCCUAGAUGCUGACAACAUUUUAAGUUCAAGCGAUCAAUUAUCUUAUUGUGAAGUUGUUUGUGACACUGUCAUGCUACACUGUUGUUUUAUAGGAGACUUUUCAAUGAUCCAGUGGUGUUGUAAUCAUGAAGUUGAUGUUAACCAAUGUGGGUCUUAUGGUCAGUCACCUUUAUCACUUACUUGUAGAUAUGGUGGAACUGAAAUAGCAAGGAUGUUGUUAGACAAAGGAGCCGAUUAUAAUACAUGUGACAGUUAUGGUGAGACAUUUGUUAUGAUUGCUUGUAAAAAUGGACAUACAGAAAUAGUUAGUUUGCUGUUAAACAAAGGAGCAGAUUAUGAUAAAUGUAACAGCUUGGGUCAGUCACCUCUAAUGAUUGUUUGUGGAAAUGGUCAUAAAGAAAUGGUUAGUAUGCUGCUAGAGAAAGGCGCAGAUUAUAAUAGAUGUGACAGUUUGGGUCAGUCAUCUUUAAUGAUUGCUUGUGGACAUGGUCAAUUUGAAGUAGUAAAAAUGUUGUUAGACAUAGGAGCAGAUUAUAAUAAAUGUAGCAACAAAGGACAGUCACCUGUAAUGACAGCGUGUCGACUAGGUCAUACAGAAAUAUUAAGGAUUUUGUUAGAUAAAGGAGAAGAUAAUAAUAAAUGUAACAACUUUGGUCAGUCCCUUGUAUUUAUGGCAUGUAGAUAUGGUCAUACAAACAUGGUAGGUUUGCUGUUAAACAAUGGAGUAGAUUAUAAUAAAUGUGACAAUUAUGGUCAGACACCUAUAAUGAUAGCUUCUGAAACUGGAUGUAAAGAUAUAGUAAGGAUGUUGAUAGAUAACGGAGCAGAUUAUAAAAGGUGUGACAUUUCUGGUGACUCACCUUUAAUACUUGCUUGUAGAGAAUGUCAAAUAGAAAUAGUAUGGAUACUGCUAGAAAGAGGAGCUAAUUAUGAUAAUUGUGACAAAUAUGGUCAGUCACCUUUAUUAGUUGCAUGUAACUGUGGUCAUACUACAAUAGUUAACAUGUUGUUAGAAAAAGGAGCAGAUUAUAAUAACUGUAGCAAUUAUGGUCAGUCACCUGUUUUAAUGGCUUGUAGAUACGGUCACACAGAAAUAGUAAGAAAGUUGUUAGAAAAGGGAGCGGAGUAUGAUAAAUGUGAUUGUGAUGGUCAAUCACCAAUAUUUAUGGCUUGUAUGUAUGGUCAUAAAGAUGUAGUAGGGAUGUUGCUAGAUAAAGGAGCAGACUAUACCAAAUGCGACGUUUUGGGUCAGUCACCUUUACAUGCAGCUCAUAGACAUUGUCAUAGAGAAAUUGAUGGAUGGACACCAUUAAUGUUGGCCGCUGAUGGAGGACACCUGGAGGUAGUGACUUACCUCGUCAGUCACGGCAGUCGGUUAGAGGCUACAGAUAACUUGUAUGGACAGACACCAUUAAUGUUGGCCGCUGAUGGAGGACACCUGGAGGUAGUGAUGUACCUCGUCACUCACGGCAGUCAGUUAGAGGUCACAGAAACCUUGACUGGAAGGACACCAUUAAUGUGGGCCGCUGAGGGAGGACACCUGGAGGUAGUGACGUACCUUGUCACUCACGGCAGUCAGUUAGAGGCCACAUCCACCAUGUAUGGACAGACACCAUUAAUGUUGGCCGCUGUGAGAGGACACCUGGAGGUAGUGAUGUACCUCAUCAGUCAGGGCAGUCGGUUAGAGGCCAGAGACGUGGGAGGAAGGACACCAUUAAUGUCAGCCGCUGUUAAAGGACAACUGGAGGUAGUGAUGUACCUCGUCAGUCACGGCAGUCAGUUAGAGGCUAUAGCCGAGUUGGGAAGGACACCAUUAAUGUUGGCGGCUGGGAGAGGACACCUGGAGGUGGUGAUGUACCUCGCCAGUCUCCGCAGUCAGUUAGAGGCUUCAGACUGGAGAGGAAUGACACCAUUACUGUGGGCGGCUGGGGGAGGACACCUGGAGGUAGUGACGUACCUCGUCACUCACGGCAGUCAGUUAGACGUCACAGACAGGGAUGGCCGAACAGCUUUACAUUGUGCUGCUCAGUAUGGACGGAUUAAUACAACAAAAUGGUUAAUAGAUCAAGAAUGCAGUCCUUGGGUGAAAACAAAAAAGGGUGAGACUCCUUAUGAUAUGGUAACAAUAGAAAGCGAUGAUUCUGAAGAGAUAAAAAGGAAGAAGAAAGAAGUGAUGGACUUCCUAAAGACUGUCAUGUCAAAGACAUCCCAAGAAUUGACUCCUGACAAGCAAUCAAAGGAACCUGUAGCACCAGUAGUUGGAGAUGAUUUAUCGAUAACAGCUGUACAACAAUCUCUUGAUAUGGGAUAUACACAGGAUCAAAUAAGAGAUGCCCUGACGCUGCUGAGACAAAGAAGACCAGACCAUCUUCACUUUAGUAUACAUGAUAUACUGGAUGCAUUAACAGGAAGGACAACAAGAGAAGCUGUUAAACAGAUUGAUAGAAGUUCAGAUGAAGUUCCAACUGAAAUAAAAUUAAUGACAGACAAAAGAUCUGUUGAAUUGUACCUUAAACUACUUCAGUCAGGAUCUGAGAAAAAGAGAGACAUACGUUUAGUAAUUGUUGGGAAAAAGGGUGCUGGAAAGACUUCAUUGAUUAAAAGAUUGUUUGGUGAAGAUAAUACAGAUGUUACCAGUACAAAUGGAAUAGAAAUCCGCACAAUAAAAUGCAAGGCAAUGUCUGAUGAUGGCGUGUGGAAUAAAUUAGAUGGAACCAAUGAAGAAGCUGAAAUUCAUGCAAGACUAUUGAAACAAUACAAAGGAACAAUUGAAGAGUCAGUAGAAGACGAAACACAUGAAGCUGUGACGGACAACACCCUCAUAGAAUCAAAGGUAUCAGAGACAGUAUCGGGGCAGUCUGAAAUACCUCCAGUAUACAGUGAAUCUACAGUUAAACCUCAAGUAUCCACUGAAUCUACAAUUAAACCUCCAGUAACCAAUCAGCAGCCAAAUAAAUCAAUGGAAGAAGCUAAAAAGGAUAUUGAAACCAUGCUUAAAUCUAAUGUUGAUUUAAAUGACAAAGAAGAGUAUGCCACAUUGUUGUUAUGGGAUUUUGCAGGAGAUGAAGAAUUUUACCACACACAUCAAACAUUUUUGUCACCAGAUGCAAUUUAUCUUGUUGUUACAAAACUCAAUGAGGCUGACGACAAAAAAGCAAAAGAUUUAUUCCAAUUAUGGAUGGAUUCAAUACACUGUUACAGUAGAUUGGAAGAGGACAGAAAUAAAUCUGAUGUCAAUAAGAGAACAUCAGAUGAUCUUGAUCCACCGAUAGUUAUUUUUGGCACUUGGAAAGAUUCCUUGAUCUGUGAUGUAGAAGAGAUUGAUGAUGCAUGCAGCGAAAAUAUUUCAAAGUAUGCAGAGAAUAUCUCAGACGAUGAACUAGGACAUAUCAGGCAAAUAUACUUCAUUUCCAAUACAGAAGAUGAUCCCAGUGUAUUCCAGAAAAUACGAGAAAACAUCCUACAUUUAGCAAGAACAAUGAGAACAUGGAAUACAGAUUAUCCUUUAAAAUUUAUUCAACUUGAAAAACGACUUCAAGAAAAGAAGAAGGAGUUACCUAUUAUUUCCUUUCAAGAAAUUCAGAAUAUUGCUAUUGAUACACCUCAGCCACUUAAUGAUGAAGAACUAAAAUUGUUCCUGGAAUUUCACCAUGAGAUCAGAGCCUUAGUUUAUUUCAAUGAUCUUCCUUCUUAUAUUAUUUUAGACACACAGUGGUUGUCUGAUGUUUUUAGAUGUAUUGUCACAGCCAAAAAAUUUAGUGCUAUUAGUAUAAGAAAUGAAAACAAAUGGAAAGAAUUGUAUAGUAGAGGCAAAUUGCAUAGCGAGGUUUUAGACGACAUAUUUAGAAAAAGUGAAAGCAUUUUUUCCAAACACAAGGAUCAUAUCCUGAAUGUAAUGGAGAAAUUUGAUAUUAUUAUACGUCCUAACACAUCGGAAACUCAAAGAGAUGCUGGUGAUGACAAACCUCUCUAUUAUCUACCUUGUAUGAUUAAAUCAGAACCCGAAUGUGAUAUAUAUAAAAUGUUUAAUGUGACGGAAAACAUAUGUACUAAGUCUACCUGGUUAUGUUAUAUGUUUAGGUUUCUACCACCUCAUUUAAUGAAUCAUUUAAUUGCGUCACUGUGCAGGAAAUAUAACGUUGCAGAAGUUGUCACUAAGGAACAGAAAAGACAAAUUACUCUUUUCAGAAGCUCAGCUGUCUUUGAGUUACAGAAAACGACACAAUUGAGAAAAUUACUUGUUAUGAAAGGUCCAAAUAUUAUUCAAAUUCAGAUUUGGCAGUUUGGGAAGCAAGUCACUGUUGAAAGAGGUUUGUUCAAAUACAUUGCAGACUUUGUGACAGAGGAAAUAAGCAAGUUAAUAAGUACAAGAUUCAAGAUGUCCAAUGUAAGAUUUGAGUUGAAGUGGGAAUGUGGCCAAACAAAACCAGAGUGUGUGACAGGAUCAUUUGAUUUAAGUGAAGAUCAGGAAAACAUAUAUUAUUGUAAGACAUGUACUACUAUACACACAUUCACUGGUGAAUGGUUAGAUCUACAACAUAAAACAUCUGAUAGUUCUGAAAAUGUUCCCAGAUCUAAUCUUCAAAUCGAAAGCUCAAGUCAAACCCAAACUACAGUUCAAUCCACCAAGGUACGUGUCCGUGUCCAAGCUGGUGAGAGAGUGUUUUCGAAUAUCAAUGAAAGGGCAACGGGAACAGCCAUUUCGGCAGAGUUCACAGAAGAGGAAAUUAAUUUUACAAAGAUGGGAAUGAUAGCAUUGAAUAUUUUUGCUGAUGUUUUAUAUGAUCUAUUAAAACCAGAUAAACCACAUCUACGUCCAAGGUGUGAUUGCGAUAUAACAUACUUAUACAGUGAACACAGGAAACUUAAUAAACAUGUUCCAAGUAAUUCAAACCACCGACGAUGUCCUCCUGGACCAUGGGGAGGAUGUUGGCAAGAUUUUAAGAAUACGGACAUAGCUAUUGGAGAUGAUAUUGAGCGCAUAAGACUUACGAGAAACGAAUUACAACAUUAUCAGCUAUUUAAACUUGACGAAAUGCGUUUCAAUGAAUUAAGUAAUAUAUCAAGUGACCUUUUAAAAAGAUUUGAUCGCCAUAACACACCAACAAAGCUGUAUACAGAUCGUCUGAUGGAAAUUCUGGCUAAAUCUAUUUCUAAAGAGGAAGUGAAAUCAAUUGAAAAUGAAAUAUCAGGGAUGACGAUUGAAGUUGAAAUUGAGCACUAAAUCAAUGUUCAACCACAAUAGAGAAACAUAUCAUAAGAAGCCCACAGUCGACCAAAGUAACAGAUUUGAAGUCGAUCAUCUAUAAUAGAAACAUAAAUCUGUCAAAUUCAGGUUGAAACUAUCUAUUCAUCAAACUAUAGACAACAAGAUGAAGAAUGUGAACCAAGGCGAAAAUAUUGGACUAAAGUUAAAGAUUUGACCAAUAUGUGACUGUAUAAUUACUGGGGUUUUUCAAAAAUAUUCACAUGCAGCAAAUACUGUAAUAUUAAUAUUGCUUAUAACAUACUACUCAUAUAAUCGCUAUUUACAUACUUUAAUAAAUAUGUGUGAAACUUUAUAAACUUG